AUGAAGGCAAACAAAAACGCCCCGAUGGAAACCGUCAAUGAUGAUUUGGCCUUUAUUCCUCCCAGCGUGGAUACGGCCCAGUUAGUCGCGGGCGAGUCUUACACAUACUACACGCCUUGUCCAGUGGCCAUCACCCCUCGUGGGGCAGCUGGUGAUGCUGGAGAGAGUACGCCAUGUGUGCUUGGUGUGGAUGAAGCUGGUCGCGGCCCAGUCAUUGGCCCGAUGGUAUACGGCCUUCUACUUGCCCAUCAAUCUUCACCAUCCUCUGCUUGCCCAGGAUCACAGUUUCGACGAUACAAUGGAUGCUACCAUCGAGAUCAUCCGGGGGUAGUCGAGGAGCGCAAGGUGAAUGUACAGGAAGUGUACAUCGAUACAAUUGGAAAUCCCACAACCUACCAACAGAAGUUGGAGAGGAUCUUCCCAUCCUUGAAGAUCACUGUUGCUAAGAAAGCGGAUUCCCUCUAUCCGUGCGUUAGUGCUGCCAGCGUGGCAGCCAAGGUGACGCGUGAUGUUGCGCUUGAGGUCCUGUACAAGGCAUUCAUUGAGGCCGAACAAGCCGACAACGCAUCAGAAGGUCUUGAAGGGUGGGGUAGUGGCUAUCCCUCGGACUCCAAGUGUGUUAAUUGGCUAAGACGGAACAUGGACCCAAUAUUUGGAUGGGGCAAUAAUGGUGCCGUUUUAGCUGGGGACAGUCAAGGAAAUGCUAGAAGCGAAGGGGGGACGCGGGUGGAUUGGCCUGACGAGGAAGAGGGUGUCAGUCAGCUAAAUGAAUUCCUUUUAGCUGCAGGGCCUGCCAAAGCCUCGGGCCGUACUGGUUUACGAGACUGGUAUGGAAGUAGACCAUCGGAGAUCAUUUGA